CGUAAAGCCUAUGUGUGGCUUAUUGCCUAUACAGUUUAUCUAAUACAUUCCCACGACCCAUUACCGCUCGACGCUCGUACUCAAGAUAUUGGAGGUCUCGCCUAGUACUCCCCUCGUCAAGACCUCUCUCCUCAACAUGACUAAGCGCACACGAAAAGUCGGUGUUACCGGAAAAUACGGUACUCGUUAUGGUGCCUCCCUGCGUAAACAGGUGAAAAAGAUGGAAAUCACACAGCACGCCCGGUACACCUGCACCUUCUGCGGCAAGGACUCCGUAAAGCGCACUGCAGUUGGUAUCUGGCAUUGCAACGCUUGCAAAAAGACGAUCGCUGGCGGGGCAUGGACAGUAUCGACGACUGCGGCUGCUACCGUACGGAGGUGAGUCAUCUUCAAAUCGCAUUGUGGGCCAUCGAGUCUGACUAUCUGC